AUGCGUAUAAAAUGAUCGCCCUACUAGUAUACAUUUGUUUUGUUAUAGUCAGCACAAGUAUAAUAUUUUGGUACGUUGAAUCACUUGAAUUAUUUGAAAAUAGCUGGUGUGACAAAUAAAUUAAAAAGACAAAACGAGGAAUUGACGCAUGAGGAAUUGACGCGCGAGGAAUUGGAAAACAACGGUGUGGGUAUUUAUCCCGAAAGAGAAUAUGCUUGCGACCAAUGUAGAGGGGUUGCAAUAUUCGAUGAUCACCACGGGGAUAUAUGCCAUUUGACACCCAAGGAAUACUCUGACUACGUGGAAAGGCAGGAAAUUCCGGAAGAGGAUUAUGUCGAGAAUAUAUCACGGCUUGAGUAUUGGGAAUAUUGGAAGAGUAAGAUGAAUAAAGACACAGACAGGGUGUCUGAAUACGCGACUGAUGGGGAGAGUGAAGACAACGCAGGGUCUGUGGUCAACGAUGAUGAUGAUGAUAUCGAAGAUGAUGAAGUGGAAACAGGUUCGAGAAGGCUGAGGAGGUUGGAAAGAAAGAAGGAAGAAGAAGAAGAAGAAAGGAAGGUUGAGAAGUUUGAUCAGGCAUGUGGGGAAAGGAAGAAAUGGUUUUAUCCAAAUCCGGAGGGCUUAUAUUAUUGUGACAUUUGUGGAAAUGACCCUGAUCAAGUUUUUGAACAUGCGGAGGACGAGUUUAG